CUCGCCCACUCCAAUCCCCACCCUCUCCAUCCUUAGCUGUUGAAGAACAGCAGCACCUGGCACGUUCCUAGAGGACCCAGGGAGCAGAAAGCGAAAGGGAGCUGGCGCGGGGGGCACUGCACAGGCAGCAUGCGCCCGCCGGGAGCAGCCUCGGCGCCCAAGGUCUGAGGCUGCAGCCCCCGUUCGCCAUUGUGAGCCGCCGGGGGAGCCAGCCGGCGCCACCGUCCCGCCGGGUCCCCGUCCACGCCGCGAUGGGGCACCUGCCCGCGAGCACGCGCGGCGGCCGCCGCCUGCUGCCUCUGCUCUGGCUCUUUGUGCUGCUCAAGAAUUCUACAACAUUCCACGUAACUGUCCAAGAUGAUAAUAGCAUCGCUGUCUCUUUAGAAGCGUCAGAUGUCAUGAGUCCAUCAUCUGUGUAUGUGGUGAAGAUAACUGGUGAAUCAAAAAAUUACUUCUUCGAAUUUGAGGAAUUCAACAGUACUUUGCCUCCUCCCGUUAUCUUUAAGGCCAAUUAUCACGGACUGUAUUAUAUAAUCACUCUGGUAGUGGUAAAUGGAAAUGUGGUUACCAAGCCAUCCAGAUCAAUCACUGUGUUAACAAAACCUCUUCCCGUAACCAGUGUUUCAAUAUAUGACUAUAAACCUUCUCCUGAAACAGGAGUCCUGUUUGAAAUUCAUUAUCCAGAAAAAUAUAACGUUUUCACAAGAGUAAACAUAAGCUACUGGGAAGGUAAAGACUUCCGGACAAUGCUAUAUAAAGAUUUCUUUAAGGGAAAAACAGUAUUUAAUCACUGGCUGCCAGGAAUAUGUUAUAGUAAUAUCACCUUUCAGCUGGUAUCUGAGGCAACUUUUAAUAAAAGCACUCUUGUGGAGUACAGCGGUGUCAGUCAUGAACCCAAACAGCACAGAACUGCCCCUUAUCCUCCUCAAAAUAUCUCAGUUCGUAUAGUAAACUUGAACAAAAACAACUGGGAAGAACAGAGUGGCAGUUUCCCAGAGGAAUCGUUCAUGAGAUCACAAGAUACAAUGGGAAAAGACAAACUCUUCCAUUUUACUGAUGACACUCUUGAAAUUCCCUCUGGCAACAUUUCUUCUGGUUGGCCUGAUUUUAACAGCAGUGACUACGAAACGACAUCCCAGCCAUAUUGGUGGGACAGUGCAUCUGCGACUUCCUGAAGUGAAGAUGAAUUUGUCAGUGUUCUUCCCGUGGAAUGAAAUAACAAUACACUCAGUGAGACUGAGAAAUCGACGACCAGCUCUUUCUCUUUUUUCCCUGUCCAAAUGAUAUUGAGUUGGUUACCACCAAAACCACCCACUGUUGAUGGGUUCCAUAUCCACAUGGAAAGAGAAUAAAACUUUACUGAAUAUUUGACAGUGGAUGAAGAGGCACACGAAUUUGUUGCAGAAUUGAAGGAGCCUGGGAAAUAUAAGUUAUCUGUUACAACCUUCAGUUCCUCAGGAUCUUGUGAAAUUCGAAGCAGCCAGUCAGCAAAAUCACUCAGUUUUUAUAUCAGUCCUUCAGGAGAGUGGAUUGAAGAACUCACUGAGAAGCCCCAGCAUGUGAGCGUCCACGUUCUAAGCUCCACCACCGCCUUGAUGUCCUGGACGUCUUCCCAGGAAAACAACAACAGCACCAUCGUGUCUGUGGUGUCACUCACCUGCCAGAAACAAAAGGAGAGCCAGAGGCUAGAAAAGCAGUACUGUACUCAGGUGAACUCAAGCAAAUCUAUUAUUGAAAAUCUGGUUCCUGGUGCCCAGUACCAGGUUGUGAUGUACCUAAGAAAAGGCCCUUUGAUUGGACCACCUUCAGACCCUGUGACAUUUGCUAUUGUUCCAACUGGAAUAAAGGAUUUAAUGCUCUAUCCCUUGGGUCCUACAGCAGUGGUUUUGAGCUGGACCAGACCUUACUUAGGAGUGUUCAGAAAAUAUGUGGUUGAAAUGUUUUAUUUCAACCCUACAACAAUGACAUCAGAAUGGACAACUUACUAUGAAAUAGCAGCGACUGUCUCCUUGACUGCAUCAGUGAGGAUAGCUCAUCUGUUGCCAGCAUGGUACUACAACUUUCGAGUUACCAUGGUAACAUGGGGAGACCCGGAACUGAGCUGCUGUGACAGUUCCACCAUAAGCUUCAUAACAGCCCCAGUUGCUCCAGAAAUCACUUCUGUGGAAUAUUUCAACAGUCUGUUAUAUAUCAGUUGGAUAUACGGGGAUGACACUACUGACCUCUCGCAUUCUAGAAUGCUCCACUGGAUGGUUGUUGCAGAAGGAAAGAAGAAAAUUAAAAAGAGUGUAACACGCAAUGUCAUGACCACAAUUCUCAGCCUGCCUCCGGGAGAUAUCUACAAUAUCUCCGUAACUGCUUGCACUGAAAGAGGAAGUAAUACCUCCAUGCUCCACCUUGUCAAGCUAGAGCCAGCUCCUCCAAAAUCACUCUUUGCAGUGAAUAAAACCCAGACCUCGGUGACUUUGCUGUGGGUGGAAGAGGGAGUAGCUGAUUUCUUCGAAGUCUUCUGUCAACAAGUUGGCUCCAGUCAGGAAAUAAAACUCCAGGAACCGAUUUCUGUUUCUUCUCAUGUCGUGACCAUCUCCAGCCUCCUUCCUGCCACUUCCUACAACUGUAGUGUCACCAGCUUUAGUCAUGACAGCCCCAGUGUGCCUACAUUCAUAGCCGUCUCAACAAUGGUUACAGAGAUGAAUCCCAAUGUGGUAGUCAUCUCGGUGCUGGCCAUCCUUAGCACACUGUUAAUUGGACUACUGCUCAUUACUCUUAUAAUUCUUAGGAAGAAGCAUCUGCAGAUGGCUAGGGAGUGUGGAGCAGGAACUUUUGUCAAUUUUGCAUCCUUAGAGCGGGAUGGAAAGCUUCCAUACAACUGGCGUAGGAGUAUAUUUGCUUUCUUAACCCUGCUACCCUCAUGUCUUUGGACUGAUUAUCUUUUGGCAUUUUAUAUUAAUCCUUGGAGUAAAAAUGGUUUAAAAAAGAGGAAACUGACUAACCCAGUGCAACUGGAUGACUUUGACGCCUACAUCAAGGAUAUGGCCAAAGACUCUGACUAUAAAUUUUCUCUUCAAUUUGAGGAGUUGAAGUUGAUUGGACUGGAUAUUCCACACUUUGCUGCAGACCUUCCACUGAACCGAUGUAAAAAUCGCUACACAAACAUCCUACCAUAUGACUUUAGCCGAGUGAGAUUAAUCUCCAUGAAUGAAGAGGAAGGUGCAGACUACAUCAAUGCCAACUACAUUCCUGGAUACAACUCACCCCAGGAGUAUAUUGCCACACAGGGGCCUCUGCCUGAAACCAGAAAUGACUUUUGGAAGAUGGUCCUACAACAGAAGUCUCAGAUUAUUGUCAUGCUCACUCAGUGUAAUGAGAAAAGGCGGGUGAAAUGUGACCAUUACUGGCCAUUCACGGAAGAACCCACAGCUUAUGGAGACGUCACAGUGGAGAUGAUCUCAGAGGAAGGGCAGGAUGACUGGGCCUGUAGACACUUCCGGAUCAACUAUGCUGACGAGGUGCAGGAUGUGAUGCAUUUUAACUACACUGCGUGGCCUGAUCACGGGGUGCCCACAGCCAACGCUGCAGAAAGCGUCCUGCAGUUUGUACACAUGGUCCGACGGCAAGCGACAAAGAGCAAAGGCCCCAUGAUCGUGCACUGCAGUGCUGGAGUCGGCCGGACAGGAACAUUCAUUGCCCUGGACAGGCUCUUGCAGCAUAUCCGGGAUCAUGAGUUUGUGGACAUCCUAGGGUUGGUGUCAGAAAUGCGGUCAUACCGGAUGUCUAUGGUGCAGACCGAGGAGCAGUACAUUUUUAUCCAUCAGUGUGUGCAACUGAUGUGGAUGAAGAAGAAGCAGCAGUUCUGCAUCAGUGAUGUCAUCUAUGAGAAUGUCAGCAAGUCUUAGUUCAAAAUCCAGACCAGACAGGACAUGAUGUGAACCCAUCCUCCCUUGCUUCCAAGAGUUUUUUGGGGGGCUCUACUAGCCAUUUGCUAAAAAGAGCCCUGCUUUGUAGUAUGUGGCCAAGGAGAUAAUUUAUCUCAUAGAAGCACCGGGAAGACUUAGCCUUAAAGAGCCUACAGUGUCUUUUUGGACUCUCACUUCUGGACAUUCAAUAAUGGACCAAAUUCAACUGGACACCAGAAAGGUCCAGACGCUCUGCAAAGGGCGGGAAGCACAACACUUCCGAAGAGUUUCGCUGGCCCUUUGCUGGUUGGGCUGAGUUUUUUGUUGUUGUUUUUAAGUGCAAUAAUUUUUGUACGUGUGUGAUUUUAUCAGAACGUUGAAUUGUUUUCUGCCCGCACUCUUGAUCCAGCUCGUAGCCCAAGAAGGAUCAGGAAUUGUUAGUGUCAAAUUAUACCUCAUUGUUAAAAAGAGGCAUGGCCACACAUGAAAAAAUGGCAAUUCUGCGUCAAGGAAAUUGAACCAGUGCUAUCUAUAAUCCAACAUAAGCUACUGGGUCAGGAGUGGGGAGGGUGGAUCGGGGGAGAGAGAAGGGUUCUUCCCACAGAUCAACUGCGUAUCUUUUCCAAAUAUGAAGAGCUGUAAUUCAGCUUCAAAGUAGAGUAGAAAAAAUAUUUAAGUCUUAAUUGUUC